AUGGAUUUAAUACUUGUCCUGUCAUUUGCGGAUGCUGAGAAGGGGUUGUUGUCCAUAGAUUCAGAUCUGAACAGAGAUGAAAUAAUAUCUAGGCAGCUGGCAAGGGUGAAAGAUCUUGACGAUUUAGACAAAGAGUUCAAAAGGAUUCGAGCAUUAGAGUACUCGCCGAAAAGUGCUACAAGAUUGCGUGAAGGAAUGGAAGGGACGAAUUUGGAUCCAGUAAAUCUUUACAACCGAUUCAAUGCAUCAGAUCCACCAGAUGUCGAAUGGAUUUAUUUGAAUGGAAUACUUAAUACUGUGAAGUAUGAACUUGCAUUUGAUAAUUCUGGGAAUGUAUAAUAAUGUGUACUUGCAUUAUCUUUCAUAAGAUUGUUGGAUUAUGAGUGUGGAGGAU